AAACGUCCUGCCCAGAACUGUCAAAUAUUAACUAAGGUAAAGACUUUGUCUGGCAAGUUUCUUCUAGUGUGAACAAACUGACAGACUGGGGAAAAUGGAAUCAAGUCCUGCUUUUUUGUGUCUUUGGAUGUGCUUCAUUGUUUAUGCUUCUACAUCAAAUGGUUGCUCCGAGAUCCCAGUGGUCGAGAAUGCAGUGGUUUCUGAAAGCUCUAAAAAAACCCAAUACUCUGAGGAUGAUAUACUCGAAUACAAUUGCGAUCAUGGCUAUAUCUCUCAGAGAAAAAUAACCUACAAGUGUACCAAUAAUGAAUGGAAAAUAGUUCGUGAUGUUAAAUGUUCACUCAAACCCUGUGAGUCACCUCAAGAUAUUCCAAAUGGUCAUUACGUUGUCGAAAAGGGAAAACCCUUUGUUUUUGGAACAACCAUCAAGUAUAUCUGCAACGAUGGAUACCAGAUUAUGAGUCGAUUUGACACCAGAACAUGUCGGGAAGGUGGAUGGGACAAUCAGUUACCUGAAUGUGAAGAGGUAUCAUGUCAACCAAUAGUCCCAGAAGGAAACGUCCGAGUGGCGGGACUCCCUGACCACUCUGAUGACUUCAUCCGAAGUGGACACAGGUUGACAUUUUCAUGUGAGGGUAAUGGACUGAUUAUACGAGGAGAGAAAGUAAUCACCUGCCAGUCAAAUGGAGAAUGGAGCAGCCCAUUACCGAAAUGUGUUGAGGCAACAUGUCUUCUGCAGUCGAACAGAACAGUGGGAGACUUACGAAUUCAAAGACUCCCUGAUUUUGCGGGUCCCGUCAAACCUGGACACAAGCUAACUUUUGCAUGCACUGGAGAAGGGAUGACAUUAAACGGAGAGAAAAUCAUCACCUGCCUGCCAAAUGGAGAAUGGAGCAGCCCUUUUCCUAUAUGUCAAGAAAUUGCCUGUGAGGGGGAACAACUCAUCAAUGUUGGAAUUUUAUAUGGACAUCCAAGUAUUGUUUCACCUUAUAGACCUGGACAUGUUUUACUUUUUCACUGCACUGAUGUGAACCUGAAGCUUUACGGACAUCGAGCAAUUGAAUGCCAGUCAGAUGGACAAUGGGAUCAGCCAUAUCCAACAUGUAGAGAUAGUUGUGAAGUUCCACGUGACCAGCAUUUGUCUACACCAUCUGAUUACUUCAGAGGAGACAUGAAAUUUGGAACCAGAAAACAUUACCGUUGUGAGUCUGGAUAUCGUGAAACAGCAGCAGAGGCAACAUGUACACAAGACGGAUGGACACCAGAUCCACUGUGUGCUGAGGCAACAUGCCUUCUGCAGUUGAACAGAACAGUGGGAGACUUACGAAUUGAGGGACUCCCUGUUAUUGAGGGUCCUGUCAAACCUGGACACAAGCUAACUUUUUCAUGCACUGGAGAAGGGAUGAAAUUAAACGGAGAGAGGGACAUUACCUGUCUGUCAAAUGGAGAAUGGAGCAGCCCUUUUCCUAAAUGUCAAGAAAUUGCCUGUGAGGGGGAACAACUCUUAAAUGUUGAAAUUCUAUUUGGACAUCCAAGUUUCGUUUCACCUUACAAACCAGGACAUGUUUUACUUUUUCGAUGCACUGAUGAGAACCUGAAGCUUUUCGGACGUCGAGCAAUUGAAUGCCAGUCAGAUGGAAAAUGGGAUUACCCGUAUCCGACAUGUAGAGAGAUUACAUGUGAAGUUCCACGUGACCAGCAUGUGUAUAGACCAUUUGAUGACUUCAGAGGAGACAUGAAAUUGGGAGAAAGAAAAUCUUACCGUUGUGAGUCUGGAUAUCGUCAAACAGCAGCAGAGGCAACAUGUACACGAGACGGAUGGACACCAGAUCCACUGUGUGCUGAGAUUACAUGUGAAGUUCCACGUGACCAGCAUGUGUAUAGACCAUCUGAUUUCUUCAGAGGAGACAUGAAAUUGGAUACAAAAAAAUCAUACCGUUGUGAGUCUGGAUAUAGUAAAACAGCAGAAAAGGCAACAUGUACACGAGACGGAUGGAAACCAGAUCCACUGUGUGCUGAAAUAACCUGUGUGCUUCAGUCAACCACAUCUGGAGUAAAACAAAUCAUCCCAGAGGGAAAGACUCAUUUCAGAGCUGGAGAAAGUGUGGAGAUUAUCUGCUCUGAAAAAGGAGGGUCCAGUAGUUCAAAAGAAAACAGAAAAACAUUUAGAUGCCAAGAGAACGGGGAGUGGGAUCAUAAGCCUGGUUGUGGAGAGAUUAGAUGUGAAGUUCCACGUGACCAGAAUGUCUAUUUGCCAUAUGAUUACUUUAGAGGAGAUCUGAAACUGGGAACGAGAAGAUCUUACUAUUGUGAGUCUGGAUAUCGUCAGAUGGCAGCAGAGGCCACAUGUACACAAGACGGAUGGACACCAAAACCACUGUGUGCUGCAGUCCCAGGGAAAUGUGGACCACCACCACCAGUGAACGAUGGAGAUACAGCAGAUAUUACAAAAAAAGAAUACAAUACAGGAGAGAGAGUUGAAUACAUUUGCUUUAAUAAAUACAAACUGGAUACACGUCCCCCUUUCUCCAACUUCUUGACCUGUCAGCAAGGAGAAUGGAGAGGAAAGGUUAAGUGUUUAAAGCCCUGUACAGUGACAGUGGAGAUAAUGAAUGAAAGAGGUAUAGAGUUGGCCUAUGCUGAUCAACAAAAGAUGUUUGCACCACAUGAUGGUCACCUUACCUAUAAGUGUCAGUGGGGCAAAAGAUCAGUAGGUGGUGGAUUCAGAAAAAAGUGUAAUGAUGGAGAGAUGACUUUGCCUGAGUGUGUGUGACAGUGGAAAUAAAACAUACAUGAAGCAUCUGCUGUACUAUUAAGCAAAAACCAAAUUAGCAGAUCAAAAUAAAUAUUUUUCCCCCAAA